GAUGUUACCACUGACUUGCACUGCUUAUACAUGUGAAACGUCAAGGCACAUUUCAAUGACUUUAUGAACCCAAUGAAUAUAUACAUAUUAUGCUGUGAAUUCAUCUAGCGUGACUUUUGGUUUCCAUAAAGACUUGAAUUUCAUAUAACUAAGUAAUAAUGAGUUUUGGUUUACCACCACUUGUUCCAAAACCUACUGUAAACGAUCAGUUCAAUGUUCAUGAUGACAAUUAUGGUAUACCUAAUCCAAUGGUUUCAGGAUUAACAGCAUCUAGGCAGCACAUAGGUUAUGCACAUCCAUUGGAAGCAUCUGAGAGAAGUUAUGAGAAAAAUCGUACUCGCAUGAACAUGGUGUUAUUAAGAAACACACAAGGAUUACAUGCUCCAAUGCGUCUAGCAAUGGAAUUAAAAGCUACUGAAAAAAUUGGAAGACUUCCAUUUCUUCCAUCAUCACACAUGAUGAAAGAUGUGUUACUUGGAAAGGAUGAAGAAAUAGGGUUUGAAGACAUAUUAAACAUACCUGAAUUUAAAGAACAAAUGGGGCAACCACAUGCUGUUGUUGAAAAAAGUCUUGGAAUAUUAUAAACACGGAUAUUUCUAUUUCUAAUGAGUUUGGCUUUGUAUUAUUGAAUAUCUUAAGUAACAAUAAAUGUUUGGUUCUUAUAAUUAGGUAAUUUAUUUUAAAUAGCUAGAUUUAUUUAAGUGAAAAAUUAAAUUUCAUUACAUAUAUAUCUAACCAUAUGAGAUGAUUUAUCCUGCUAUUACAUAUUUUCUUAACUUCUUGAAUUCCAACACGUAAUUCGUUAUCUUUCGUAUCUUGCAAACGCGUUUGAAUUGAUGUAAGAAUUGUUUACACUUUAUUUUCUUGCAUAUGUAUUACAAAAGGAAUAUGAAACUUUUUCUUGUAUCUGAAAUAGUAAAUACACAUAUAACUCUACA